AUGGAAUGUGUCAAUUUAACUCCUUUUGGUGAAUUCCUAGUAUGGACUGCGGAAGCUGUUAUUUGGUUACGUCGUAAUUAUCGAAUUAUUGGUCGUGCUUCAUUACCAUUGGAAUUAUUUAAAGCAUGUAAUCAUAAUAAAUCAAAGAAACCAGAUCGAUUACCUGUUCGAUUAAGUUUUGAAGAAGUUGUUUUAUUAUUAUCAAAAGGUUUUAUUCAUGGUAUUUUAUGUAGUAGACCAGUAAUUUCUGUUCCUGAACCAUCAAAGGAAACAAUUGAAGCAUAUCAUCAUGCAUUAAUGAAGAAUGCAGAAGAAAUGGUUAAUAUAUUUAAAACUCAAAAACGAUUAAGAUUAGUUGGUUACUAUGGUCAGUUGUUGAAUGGUUUAAAGUUACGUCAACAACGCCAAGCCAGAUCCAAGUUAUUCAAUCUCAGUGAUUCAUCAUCAGUCAAUGCAAUCAACGAUAAUGGGUGUUCAAAAAACAAUGAUACAGAUAAUUUAAGUUCAUCUUUACAGUUAUCAUCUAGAAAACGACGCCGUCAACGACGUUUAUUUCAGAAACAAUUGAAAAAACAAAUGUUAAUGACUGGCUGUAGUAGUGUUGAUAAUGACGAUGAUAAUUUCAAUAUUUAUGACAGUGAUCAAGACGUUUCUGAGCCAUCUGAUUCACCUAUCACUUUGGAUGACCUAAUUUCUGUACAUUCUACUACACAUCAAGGAACAUCGAAAUUGUCUGUGAUACCAAGUAAAAACAUUGAGGAAUAUUUACCGUACAUUCCACAGCAUUUACCACGUCCUACACCUAUCGAAUGGAGACGUCCUGAUGAAUAUUUGUUUGUUAGUUUGCCGGAAAGUGUAUUUUCUGAAGGAAUUUAUUCAUUUGUCAUUUGGCUCAUUCAAUUGAUUCAAGAGAAAUGUAAAGCAACAAAUUUUUCUAAUCAGCAUACUGAUAAUCAAAAUAACAUUAAUAGUACACAAGAUAUGUAUAUUCAACGUUUACAAUCUUGUUUGAUUUAUAUGGAUUUAUGGAAUAAAGGUUAUUAUAUUAGUACAUCCACUAUGAAAAUGGGUGGUGAUUUCCUGGUUUAUCAAGGUGAUCCACUUUUAUAUCAUGGUAGUCAUAUUAUUACAAUUUGUAAACCAACAGAUUCAUUUUCCAAUUCAUUAUUAUUGGCUAAACUACGUAUUGCAAAUGGUUUGAAAAAAAUACUUGUUCUAGCUACAGUUAGUAAUAUUGAAAUGUAUACUAGAAAAUUUACAAUUCAAAGAAUAACACAUUAUGAAAUUAAGAAUGAUAAUAACAAUGAUAAUAGUGCUGUAGAUCCUCAAGCUAUUGUUGGUGAACACUCAAAAUUAUCUGUACAAUCAAAAGAAAUUACGUCCAAUGAAGGUACUCGUAGUAAUUGUAAUAAUAACAUUAAUGAAAUACAACCUAAUGUAAUUUACUUAUCCCUUCAGUAUAUGUCUUCACAUUCUAGUAAUCCAACAUUUUCAAAAUCAUUAUGA